CGUCGCUCGGGCGCGCGCUGCUUGUCGUUCGAAAGAACGCCUAUAUUGAAUGCCGGGGUUUCCAGCUAAGUGUAUCGAGCCGCGCUGUGUUACGUUUCACAGUAAUUCCACGUUUCUUUCUGUUUGAAGCAUGGAUCUUGUGCGGAAGGCUCCGGGUUACCUUUGCCUCCUGUACCUCGUUCUGAGCGUGACUGAAGAGGCUAGACUGAACGUGCCUAGGCUUCUACUGCCGCGCCUCGUCGAAGUCGCCUCUAAUUUCUCUCUGCACUUAGUGGAUGUGGAUAAGCGCAGCUGCUUUGAAUGGCACUCCAGCAGACCCGAGGUGGCCACAGUGUCUGUGCAGGACAGCUGCUCCCAGACAGCAACUGUGUCUGCAAUAUGGAGCCAGCCUGGUCGACAGACAGCUACAGUGUUAGCACGCGAGACGAGCACUGGCGAGACGCUGCGCUGUGAUGUCAUCAUCGACCAGGUUGCCUCUCUCAAAGUGGUGACCACGACACGGGUGCUUCUCCUCGAGGACUCGCCCGAGCUCCUGGAAGUCCAGGGCUUUAACCAACAAGGGGACACAUUCUCCUCCAUUGAGGGCAUGUCCUUUGACUGGAGCCUACAACAGUACGAGCCCGUCCUCAGGUUCGUGCCAGCGUCGGAGUGGCCGUAUGAGCUGCCAAGUCCCGGACUGCUUCUCUGGGAAUCGAAGGGCCGUCGUGGCUGGGCAGUGCUUCUCGAGGGCAGGGCGGCAGGCACGGCGCGGGUGUCAGUGCGACCCAUGCACUCGGCCUACAAGGACUUGGCACCUCAGGAACUGGAGCUUCGGGUUGUGGACAGUGUCCAGCUCGAACCUUCGGCCGUGUACCUUCUGCCCGGCUGCCAGGCCUGCUUCAGGCUGCAGCGGCUGAUGCAGGGACGCCCACCCAGCCCUGUGGCACCAUCGGAGCGAUACACCCAGCGCAUCGAAGACAACCGGGUGGCAAGUCUAGAGGGCCUGUGCGUGUUGGCCCGAAAACUGGGUCACACACAGGUGCUACUGACCAAUGCACACCUGUCUGUGGAUGGCCGCCAGCCGACUGCUGAUGUGCACGUCGUCAAGCCGAGCUACCUGCGCCUGUCGGUGUCUCCGGGAGAUGCUUGGGUGCUGGAACGUCAGGCCUCAUACUGGGUGGAGGUGCAGCUUUUUGAUGAUCAGCAGCAUCGGAUCCACGCCAGUGAGGGUCUCCAAGUGGAUGUGCAUUUUCCUCCCGAAUAUUUUGAGGUGAACCACUCCGUGGAAAAUGGCACAGUUCACUGGGUGCGCACCCUUCAGAAUGGCAGUACUAUGAUACGCGCAGAACUGCUGGGUUGCCGACAACCGGACGGGUCACUGCUGCCGGCCUCUGCAGUAGGAGAACAGUCGGUGUCCAUCCAAGAGAGGCUGACUGUACAACCUGAGGAGGUCUGGCUGCCCUGGGAGCCCGAGAAGCAGCCAGCGUACAUGGUAGAAGUGCAUGCCUACGGUGGCACGGGAGCCCCCGUACGGUGGCAGCUGGACCAGGACGCACCGGUGUGGGCUGCAGUCGAAGGCCCCACUCUAGGUCCGUCCGCCACCGUGGCAACGCGUGGAGGUCCCGGACGUGUGCACCUGGUGGCCACUGACAGCCACUUUGCCCCGGCCAGCACGUGGGUGUCGCUCGUUCCCGUUGUGGAGUUGGAAGCCCACGGCGCCCCCGCACUAGAGGCCGAGCUGCCUGCUGGGGUGCUGGUGGUGGCCGUCACCAUGUAUGGUCGGGACCCUGACAACCAGCAGCAGAGGCGGUUUGACAACUGCAGCCAAGUGUCACUCACUGCGGAAGUUCUGGACAAGGGUGUUCUCAAACCUUUGCCAGAGAUGGUUGGAGGAGGUCCACCUGUAGGACGUGGCUGCACGAGUGUUCGCGUGCAAUGCCUGGCGGCUGGGCAUGCGCGCCUGCAGCUGAAUCACGGCACGCUGCAGUCGACCGUGCUGCUCGGAUGCUACGAGUCCUUGCAGGCUGUGCACCCAGCAAAGAGUGUUGCAGUGGCCUAUGGUUCACUGAAAGAGGUGGCCUUUGAAGGGGGUCCCCGGCCCUGGCCCAUGCUACCUUCCGGCCACCGCGUGCAAUUGUUGCCAAGGGUUGCCAAGCCAGUGACCAUCGUGCGCAUUGUGGAUCCCUUCCAUAUGAAGAAGGACCUACAUGUGUUCAGAGUGCUGUGUGAGGGACUGGGCGAGACGGACCUGGAACUCUCUGUCGGCAACAAUGCCUCGGCCACUUUGCCCAGCCCAGCCACUAGCCGUGCUUCUAUCAGGUUUGCAUGUUCCUUACCGGCAUCUGUGGAGCUUCGGCUAAGCUCGUCGGCGUCAUGUCCUGAAAAUAAGGUGCCAAGCAGUGGUGGUCCCCUAGAGGUGGAGCUGGUUGUGCGGGAUGCCGAGGGCCGGCAGCUAGCCAAUACGUCGUCCCUCGACGUGCUGUGGGAACUGUCGGACUCCACCCUCGCCAAGCUGGCAAAUGAGUGGGACGUGAUGAGCCAUGUGGACAGCUCGGCCGGUUACCGUCAAGUCAUUCGAGACUUUCAAGUUCUGCAGACGCAAGGAAAGACUGGACUGCUCACAGUUACUGCAACGGUGCUUGGCUUCAGUGCGAAAGUGCUUCAACAGGCGGGUUUGCACCAAUACAAGGUGCAGACAGUGAGCGGCUCGUUGCAGCUGGAACUGGUGGAAGCUGCCCGUCUGUCGAGUGGAAGCGUACGAGUGCUUGCACACCCGUCUCAUCAGGUGAACGUGAGCAUACUGAACGGCUCGGGCCACUUUGCUUUAGACAGCGUGGAUGGCGACGCUCCCGCAGGACUGACACUAUUGCCGAGGAAGAUUCUGUUGCAUGGACUGAGAGAAGGACAGGUCGAGGUUCACCUGCGUGACCUCUGCCUGCCCCGUGCCCCUGCGUUGCCGUUACAAGUGUCUGUCGUGUGGCCCGCCCAGCUGCGGCUCGCGCUGUCCUCUCCCCACGUGCAAGUCGGCGCAGAAGUGGAUGUCACGGUGUACCUGGAGGACGUGGAGGGCAAGCCGCUCUCGGCUCCACUGGCCCUCGCCAGCCGAACCGUGGGUCCCCUGUCUCUGCGACCACUGGAGGAGGGACGAAACUGCCGCCGUUUUGCUGUCCGUGGCAAGGCCCUGGGCUCUGGCACCGUGCAGUUCGUGGCCAAGGACUUCCCCGAGGAGCUACUCAGUGCCCCGGCCACCGUCCAAGUCUUUGCCCCACUACGCCUAGAGCCCCGAAACCUGACCAUACCUGUCGGCUCUGAGUACCAGUUGGGAUGGUCGGGAGGCCCAAUCAACAUGGCUGUCAAGUUCGACAUGGUCGACGAGGUGCCGUGCCUGUCGGUGUCACCGAGUGGACUGCUGCAGGCACGGGGCCCACCGUGCCAGGGCCGGGUACAGGCCACGGCAGCAGCUUCUGAUGGCAGAGACGAGACGCUGGUGCAUGUGGUGGCCAUCAAAGAGUUGCGGCUGCGCUGCCCCUUGCGAGAGAUCAUUCAGGGCACGGAGGUGGCUGUGCACGUGGAGGCUGCUGGAGGCCUGGGUCCGAAGGUGGUGUGCCUGUCGGCCGAAAUUAGCCGCUCCUUGCGCUGGGCUGCCUCAGAACAUGGUCUGGUGUCUCUGGUGGCGCCCUUGACUCGAGACGCGCCCCCGGAUGGCCUGUGUGUGACACACUUGCGCGCCCUUCUGCCGGGACACCUGGAACUGCACCUCCUGUGGCAGAACCGCACUGCUGCAGUGUUGCCCCUCGAGGUGGUUCCACACGCUAAACUCCUGGCACCAGCCCUGACCCAGCCAGAGUCUCUGGUGCUGGGUCCCGGAGCACAGCUGGCCAUCGACGUGUCAGGGGAGCCGUCUCUGGAGCCCAAUGGCAUGGCAGUGCAGCUAGAACGGCAACCCCCUGUGCUGCACGCUCUGUUUGCCCCUGGCUCUGCCUUGCUGUCCGUUCGACGGGAGUCCCAGCAGAGGAUAUACCUGGUUCGGGUGGACACUGUGGUGUACGCUCUGGUGCGGCCAGUCGGCGGGGAGCCUUGGGGUGCUUCUGACGUGCCCGUGUCUCUACCCGUCGGUCUUGAGCUAGUGGUCGAGGUGCUCCUGUACAACAGUCUCGGCCAACGCUUCCAUGCCACCAACCUUAGCAUUGAAGCCCACAGCUCCCGGAGUGACCUCAUAUUGGUGGAGCAGCAAGGUGAUGGCAGUGGACACUGGAGGCUGCGCGUGCGCGGUGCCGGCUCGGCACUGGUCCAGUGGUCUAUAGGGGGCGGGGGCAGCGACAUCGAAGUCCUGCUGCCCCUCUCAUCGAGGGUGAUGGACACGGUGACGUCGUUGCUCGUGGGAGAGCGCUUUUGGCUGCAGGCGCCAUUCACUGCCGGUCAAUGGGUCGCCGAGCAGGGCCCCCUGCGGAUUGUGUCUGCCUCGCCUGGAUGCGCGCUGGCCCACAUGACCAUGCCUGGCGGACGCGGUCUUGCGCUGUGGACGGGUUCACCCCAAGGGCAACUUCGACGCUUUGUGGAAGCCCAGCUGCCCACCACCGUGCAUCUGGAGGUCCCCAACCUCGAGGACGAGGGUUUACCUGUGCUGCUGCCGGCUGGCCAGGAGCGCACUCUGUUUGUGAAGUUUGACAGGCGUACCUCAAGUGUUUAUGGUGAGCCUUGCACCGCAAAGAUCACCUUGGAGGACGAAGAAGAAUACGAUUCGCCAUUCACCUGCCAUGUACGCAACAAGGACGGCACAGAAGUUUCGUCAUAUCUGGUACAAGCCACAGCGGGAUUCAGCUUGGCUUCUGGUGGCCACUGGUGCCGGUUGACGAGCGUCGCAGACCUACCCGAGAUUGAGCUGUCUGUGGUGGUGGGCGUGACUCUAGCAGCCAAAGGCGGAGAAGCUGAGCCGGUUCCCCUGGCAUUGGUAGCGCCCAUCCAGCUCGUCCGUGUGGAACCAGUCGGAAACUACGUUCAGCUGGUCUACCUGGCCGGUCCAAGUGUGGCCACCAAGAUAACGAUUCGACGACCGGACGGUGUUCUCGUAGUCCCAAAGAAAACACCCGAGCAGAUCGGCAAAACUAGCCACUGGAAGGUGAUGCUGCGGACACCCUCACACACUUCAUGGCUGUCACUGGAGUGUUCAGGCACAAAGCAGCGGUUGCGCGUGCCUUUGGAGACGUACCACCUAGGAAACGAGGGUGCGUGGUCAGGAUGGCCAGUACUUUUUGCAGCUGCAGGGACCAUCUUAGCAGGUCUGGUGACCAUAUAUCUAUUUUGCUACCAGCGCUUCACGGCCGACCGGCCAUUUGCGGCCACUGCCACGAUGUUGUCAGGCCCAGCAAUCAUGACGGCGGCUGUCAGGUCGCAUGACCAACAGCGGUCACCAAGUGGAGUACUGCCUUACAUCACCCAGUCCGAGUCAGUACGCCUGUGGAGCCGGCUAGACAGCAGCACCAGCUGGUCUCAGCCGCCCCGCUCACCACAAUCGGAUCAACCAAGCACGCUCUAGCCAAACUCUGCAAUGUCAGCUUGCGGGAACCGGAGACCAAGCCAAGAAGCUGUGCCAAGAACCAGGGACACUAGGGGUCGAGGGGUCGGGGAAUGUGUUUUAUUUAAUUGCGAAUUGAAUUGCUCAUUUAAUUACAUAUUUGGUUGCCAGACUGUGUAGUGACUGUGCCUUCAAUUGGUCAACUCAAUUUACAUUAGCCACAGUACACUGCCAUCAUGAGUACUAACUAUAACUACUUGACUGUAACAUUUGAGAGUUGCGAACAGUUUUGGUGAGAGCAGUAGGAAGUGCCUUGCUGAAUUGGUGAGAAAAAAGAAAUGCUGCUUUUUCUGGACAUAAAAGAAGCACUGGGGUUGUCAGUCUUUUAUGUUGUACUUUUGUCUUUUUUAGUUUUGUUUUAAUGUGCAAUUUGUUUUUGCGGAUUUUUGGUUCCAAUAUUCCUGUGUCACGGAUAAAACAUUAAGAACACGAGUUUUACACUGCACCUCUAUAGUGGCUGGACAUCACACCAAGAAGGCCGCACCUCAGCGCAAAAGACUUGCUUUCAGUGACAAGAGGGCACAGUUUUUUCUUUGUUUGCUUUUGUUUUUCAACAAACACCUCAUUACUGUUCGAGCACUCGUGUGUGCUCAAAUGUGUUGUGAAAGUUGGUAUACUUAGGUUUCGACAAUAAAUAUGCACAUUAGGAGCGAGAAAAGCUGCAUUUAACCUAGGAUGUGGAACAUAUGAAUUUAUGCUUGAGUUGUAAACAAUAAUGUACAGGGGUUGUCAGAAGUUUUCAAACUGCUGUCUCAUUUCAUCUUAUGACAGCACCACCUGGGAAAUUUUGACUGGCCCGGUGCACAUAUGUCAAGUCUGGAUGUGAGAACUUGCACCUGAUAUGGGUCCCUCUGCAACUUUUCUUUGUAUUAUGUGUGCUAGCCAUACUGUCCACGGUGACAAAGAACAAGCUACGUAUUUAUGUCAUUAAAGUAUGAGUUGUAGGCAAGUACCUACAUGCAUUAAGUCUUGCAGUGAAUAGUUUGACCAGCCUUGUUUUUUUUUUUUUGCGACUUUUCUCGCAUGUGUGUGUGGGUGUGUGUGUGUGUUGGCUGUACAUUUUUGUCAAAAUAGAGAACGAGCUUUUUUGCAGGUUGAAGUUAGUAAAGAGACAGACUGCCAAUAUAUCAUUCUUCAGGGUUCCUAAUUUGACAACAUUUGUAAGUUGUGAAAGGUUUACAUAUUUAGGAGAGAAAAAGAAAAGAUGAAAAGUCUAGAACUUUAUAAUGCACUUCACCAACGUUGAGGAAUUGUUUAGUGUUAUACAGCUUGUGUUUGCAAAACGAAUAUUUGCUUUUAUGUAGUAAUUUAUGUUCUUAAUGCUUACUUUUUAAGUGACUGUGAUGCACUUCCCAACUUCAAUUUUUGUCACCCUUUGUGUGCACCAUUGUUUGUGUUGAUAAUGAAAAGUAAACAAAAAUCAGAAAGUGACUUUGCUGCUGAAUUUAUUUGUAAUGGCUGUAUCAAAUGUUUUAUAUAGUCUGGUUUAGCAUUUGCAUCGACUGCGCACAAGAAAGUAUUGGAACUCUAGAAAUUCAGA